CUGUCUGGAGGAGACGCGUGAAGCAGACAGCUGCUGUUUGUGUUUCUCUGCGUGGGAGCAGCGAGACGGGGUGGGGGCUGGGGGCGUGUCCCAGCAGUUACAGCAGCCUCCUCCGUCCCGCACGCCACAGCAGUCUGUCCUCCAGCACGGGCGCAGUCCUCCUCCUCCUCCUCUCCCGUGGAGCUGCGCAGAGCCUUCAGUCCCGGCUGCAGCCCGCGGAGCGCCGGGAGUCCGCGGAUGGCGCCGUCCCCGCGCGCGCGCGCAGUUUGAGGCGCAGCGAGGUUAGAGUCCCGGAGGACGCGCGCGUCUGUCCGGCCUGCAGAAGGAAAGUUUUGAUUUGUUUCCGUUGAUCCGAAAACUUUGUGGUCGGGAUGGAGCCAGAGGAGGGCAAGAUCUCGGUGUGGGUAUGCCGGGAGGAGAAGCUGGUCUCCGGGUUGACGAAGAGAACCACCUGCGCCGAUGUGGUCCGAGUUCUGCUGGAGGACCAGAACCUUCAGCAGGGCGGUUCGGCUGCGAUGCUCACCGGCUCCCCGCAGUCCUACUGCGUGGUGGAGAAGUGGAGGGGCUUCGAGAGGAUUUUACCGAACAAGACGAAGAUCCUGCGGCUGUGGAGCGCGUGGGGGGACGAACAGGGGAGCGUGCGCUUCGUCCUGGUGAAGAACGAUGCAUCGCUGCCCAACAACGGCCCCCGCAGCGCCGAGGCGCGGGUGGUGCAGAGCCGGGAGAGCGGCGGUCCCGGUGGGCUGCUGAAAGGCACCGCCAGGACCUGCUGGACGGCCGCGGCCGCUGCAGCCAACCUGUCCCAGGAGAAACAGAGGCGCAUCGUCAGGAAAGCCUUCAGGAAGCUGGAUAAGAUGAACAGAAAGAAGGAGCAGCCCGCGUCCAAGGAGAAAGGCUCCGCGGAGAAGAUGGAGACGCUGGUCCACCUGGUGAUCUCACAGGAUCACACCAUCCGCCAGCAGAUCCAGAGGAUCAAGGACUUGGACCGGGAGAUCGAGCGCUAUGAGGCCAAAGUGCACUUUGAUCGCAUCAAGACGCACGGGGCCAACUAUGUGCAGGACACCUACAUGGUGGACUCUUCCACCACUGAGGCACCUGCCGCCUCCUCGGACUGCAAGCCCAAAGCGGAGCGUCAGGACGCGCGGGGCACGGCGGAGGCGCUGGCGCAGUUUGAGGAGUACGCGCGCUGCUGUGAGGAGGUGGUGAGGCUGCAGGAGGAGCUGACGGAGCGGGAGGCUUUGGUGGAGAGCAUCACCGGGGAGAUUCAGGAAGAGCUUAACCGACGGUGGAUGAAGCGGCGGCGGGAAGAGAUGGGCGCAGAGGCGGCGCCGGACGCGGACAGCGCAGAGGAGGAGCUGUGCCGCGCCGCAGCUCCUGCCGCGGACACGGAGGAGGCGAGCCUGUCCGAGAACGAGCUGGUGCUGGAGCAGGAGAGGAUCAGAACCCAACUGGACACUAGUCUGUAUAUUGGCCUGAGGCUGAAGACAGACCUGGAUGCCAUGAGGGGAGACUUAGACCUGAGUCUGGCACUCUGGGAAACCAAAGAGAGCGAACUGUUGGACCUGCUGGCCAAAGUUGAAACCAUUGAACUGGAACCAGGGCACCAAACCCUGAUGGAUGAAGGACAGGAGGGCCUGGCAGCGGGGAGAGCCGAGGCUGAUAGCAGCUCAGCAGAGAAGAGCGGCGGAUGGGUGGAGCAGGCUCGAGGUUUGGCAAAGGCCUGCAGCACCAACGACGAGGACUCGGACACGGGCCUGAGCUCCAUGCACAGCCAGGACUCUGACAACCCGCCUGUGUGCGAGUCCCUCGUGUAGACUGACUGAGCGGACUUUUAUGCAAUUCAUUACCACAAACUCAGGGUGGAUACAUCUGUGUUGGCAGUUCAGAGCAUGUUCCAAAACUCCAAAUGCAUCAGUGUAAACUCUGCAGUCCCACAGAAAUAAUGUGCAGUCAUUAGAGGCCAGCUCUGAGAUUCUCUGCUGAUGACCUUUGACCUCCACGAGGAGAGCCAAUAUGAAAGUAGCCUAGAAGAGUAUUAACUCCAAAGUAGUCCUCAAAAUGAUGGCAUGCAGCUCGCUUCUGUCGGUGCAUUCUGAUGACUGAAGCUGCAAAAAAUCAUGUGCUGCUAAAGAUCUCUGGAAGCAGAAGCUCCUCAAAGCUCCACAUUAGAGGAACUUAGCAAACAAAAGAAAUCAGAUUCUUCACGGCUUCUGUAAAUAAAAGUCCUUGAAGCUGCAGAUGUUCCUCUGUUUAAGGAACAAUAAUGUUAGACAAGCGAGUGUAGAAACACUGACGCCUGCCUCGCAGACCUGAUGGAGGAGCCAGAACCUCCUCACGCUGACGUGUGAUCCAUGCCCUUCUGUCCACAAGGAAAAAAGAAAAACUUUAGAUUUUUCUUUCAGGAUGUUCAGAGCUGCAGUUUUCUGCUUUGUUUGUGUUUGAUAUAUUUCUAUAUUGUGGCUGAUUACAAAAAGCUUAUUUGAACAGAAAAAGCAGAGAAGGAAGGAUAACCUAAACUUUACUCACUGAAACUUUGAUUUCAAUCCAAAUAAAACAUCAUGAACGGAUCCUGCAGACCCCAAAGAUCUGAGAUAACUACCAUCAGUUAUGUAUCCCCACAUCCACAGUAAUGCAGGGAGUGACGGUUGAAUUUCUUGGUUAACACUCGAGAGGACCAUGUGGCAGAAGAAGCUGAGGAGUUCUGACUUUCAGUCCCAGAAGCAGUUUCUGCGUUUGGUUUACUGUCACUGGAUGAAACAGAGGUCAGAGUUUAGAUCAGAUGGCUUUCAGCUCAGAUCUUUACAAAUCCUUCCUCCCAUUAUCAGACUGAAUAUCACCAGAGAGACGGGUUGAGUGCACCUUUAAUGCUUCUUUUGCAUUGUUGCUGCUGUUGCUGCAAAAGGUUUAUUCCCCACAAAAAGCUUCUUAUCAGCCAUUAUCAAUGUGAGCGGAGCACUGAGUCUGUGUCUGUAAACAUCAGGAUUUAUUUGCUGUCAGGUGGACACUAUUCCGUCAUUAACCCUUGUGCUAUCCUAGGCACUUUAACGUUGGGAGUUGGGUCAUCUAGACCCACUAGACAGUGCUCUGAACCUUUUUUCUUCAAUGAUUUGUGAUCUUCACUGGUGUCCAUGGAUUAUAUGAAAUCUUUCCACCUUUAUCCACCUUUGGCAUGGUAGGGAGAACAUGUCAAUAUAAGGGGGGGGGGGUCAUCUAAGAUAACACAAGGGUUAAAGGAUGUUCUCUGGGUUUGAGCACCCAGCCUGUGUUGAUGUCGCUCCGUUGAGUCUGUUGAUCAGACCUCCAGGAGUUUCAGGCUCCGCAUCUCUGAACACUUCAGAGGGGAAAAAAAACGAAGUAAACUUGUUCUGUGGCCUCUCCAGUUCUGUAAUGAUGUACAAAUGACCCGUGGGGUUUGUGGACUCGAUCAGGGAGACUUCUCGCCCUGCAACAUCAAACCAGCUUUUUCCAGAAACUCGAUCAGCUCCGAGGCUACAGUUAGAAAACUCGCCUGCGCCAGAACUCCUCACAUGGCCGUUAGUGAUGAAAUAAAAAAGUCGAAAUUUG